AUGCUUCCCGCUUGCCCUGGCCUCUGGCUCCUCGUGGUCCUAGGCACCAGCUGGGCAGGCUGGGGGAAACUAGGGGCUGAAGCAGCGCGGCUAAGGCAGUUCUACGUAGCUGCUCAGAGCAUCAGAUGGAACUACCACCCUGAGUCCACACACCUCAGUUCAAAAUCUUCUGAAACCUCCUUUAAGAAAAUUGUCUACAGGGAGUAUGAAGCAAAUUUUCAGAAAGAAAAACCACAAUCCAGAACUUCAGGACUUCUUGGGCCGACUUUGUAUGCUGAAGUUGGAGACAUCAUGAAAGUUCACUUUAGGAAUAAAGCACACAAGCCCUUAAGCAUCCAUCCUCAAGGAAUUAAGUACAGUAAAUUUUCAGAAGGUGCGUCUUACUCUGACCACACACUCCCCAUGGAGAAGAUGGAUGAUGCUGUAGCUCCAGGCCAAGAAUAUACCUAUGAGUGGAGUAUCAGUGAGGACAGUGGGCCCACCCACGAUGACCCUCCAUGCCUCACACACAUCUAUUACUCCUAUGUAAAUCUCGUAGAGGACUUCAACUCUGGACUGAUUGGACCUCUGCUUAUUUGUAAGAAAGGCACCCUAACCAAGGAUGGAAUUCAGAAAAUGUUUGACAAGCAACAUGUACUGAUGUUUGCUGUGUUUGAUGAAAGUAAAAGCUGGAAUCAGACAUCAUCCUUAAUGUACACAGUCAAUGGCUAUGUGAAUGGGACGAUACCAGAUAUAACAGUCUGUGCCCAUGACCACAUCAGCUGGCAUCUGAUUGGAAUGAGCUCUGGGCCAGAACUGUUUUCCAUCCAUUUCAACGGUCAGGUCCUGGAGCAGAACCAUCGUAAGAUCUCAGCCAUCACUCUCGUCAGUGCCACGUCCACGACUGCAAACAUGACCGUGAGCGCCGAGGGAAGGUGGACCAUAGCUUCUCUCCUCCCCAAACAUUUUCAAGCUGGGAUGCAGGCUUACAUAGACAUUAAAAACUGUGCAAAGAAAACCAGAAAUCCUAGGAAAUUAACUCGAGACCAGAGGCGGUACAUGAAGAGGUGGGAAUACUUCAUCGCUGCAGAGGAAGUCAUUUGGGACUAUGCACCUAUAAUACCAGCAAACAUGGACAAAAAAUACAGAUCUCUGCAUUUGGAUAAUUUCUCAAACCGAAUUGGAAAACAUUAUAAGAAGGUUGUCUACAAACAGUACCAAGAUGACUCCUUCACCAAACGCCUGGAGGAUCCCAGUAGCAAAGGAGAUGGGAUCUUGGGCCCUGUUAUCAGAGCCCAGGUCAGAGACACGCUGAAAAUCGUGUUCAAAAAUAUGGCCAGCCGCAGCUACAGCAUUUACCCUCACGGUGUGACCUUCUCUCCUUACGGCGAUGAAGGAAACUCUACCUCAACCUCAGGCAGUAACACCAUGAUCAGAGCAGUUCAACCAGGGGAAACCUACACUUAUAAGUGGAACAUCUUAGAAUCUGAUGAACCCACAGAAAAUGAUGCUCAGUGCUUAACAAGACCAUACUACAGUAAUGUGGACAUCACCAGGGACAUUGCUUCUGGACUGAUAGGGCUUCUUCUAAUUUGCAAGAGCAGAUCCUUGGAUAAACGAGGCAUACAGAGGGUAGCAGACAUUGAGCAGCAGGCUGUGUUUGCUGUGUUUGAUGAGAACAAGAGCUGGUACAUCGAGGACAACAUCUACAAGUUUUGUGAAAAUCCUGAGAAGGUGAAACGUGAUGACCCCAAGUUUUAUGAGUCAAACAUCAUGAGUACUAUUAAUGGCUAUGUGCCUGAGAGUAUACCCACACUAGGGUUCUGCUUUGAUGACACCGUCCAGUGGCACUUCUGCAGCGUGGGAACCCAAAAUGACAUUUUGACCAUUCACUUCACUGGGCACUCAUUCAUCUAUGGAAAGAGGCAUGAGGACACCUUGACCCUUUUCCCCAUGCAGGGGGAAUCCGUGACCGUCACAAUGGAUAACGUUGGAACUUGGAUGUUAACCACCAUGAAUUCCAAUCCAAGAAGCAGAAAACUACGGCUGAGGUUCAGGGACGCUAAGUGUAUCCGGAAUGAUGAUGAUGACUCCUAUGAGAUUAUAUAUGAAACUUCAGGAUCUACAGCCAAGACUACAAGGAAAAUGCGUGAUUCUUCAGAAAUUGAAGAUAAAAAUGAUGCUGACUUUGAUUACCAGGACGAACUGGCUAUAACAUUAGGACUUAGGUCAUUCAGAAAUUCAUCACUGAAUCAGGAGAAAGAUGAGUUCAAUCUUACUGCCCUAGCUCUGGAGAAAGACUCUGAAUUCAUUCCUCCAAGUGCCAACAGAGCUCUUGGUUCAAAUUCUUCUUCCCCAAGUCAUAUUAGCAGGCUUAUUGCCAACAACUUUGCAGAACCUCUGAACACUCUUCUGCAUCUGGAAGCCCCUGCAGCUGGUUCCCCCCAUGCUGGCUUAGAUAAGAACUCAGCUCUCAACCCUCCCAUGGCAGAACAUUCCAGCCCUUAUUCUGAAGACCCUAGAGAAGAUCCUCCACUCUCAGAUGUCACAGGGAUAAGCCUACUUCCUUUUGGCAAAGGAGUCAAAAAUAAAAAACCUGCUGAACAUCAAAGAUUCCAGGCAGGAAGAGGCCGAGCAGCAAAGCGUAGGUUCUCCCAGAUGGAAUUCCCAGCACAUAAAACCAGGACACAUUUAAGCCAAGACAACUCUUCUUCUUCUAGAACGGGGCCCUGGGAGGACAUUCCCAGUGAUCUGUUACUCUUACAACAAAAGGAUCCAUCUAAGAUUCUGAAUGGAGAAUGGCAUUUGGUUUCUGAGAGAGGCAGUUAUGAAAUAAUCCAAGAUGCUAAUGAAAACAAGACUGUUAAUAAGUUGCCCAACAGCCCCCAGAAUGCCUCAAGGACUUGGGGAGAAAACAUCCCUUUCAAAAACAGUCAUAGAAAGCAGAGUGGCCACCGGACAUUUUUGGUAACUAGACGUAAACCUCUACAAGAAAGACAGGAUAGAGGAAAUAGUAGAUUGAAGGAAGGCCUUUCGUUAAUUAGGACACGAAGAAAGAAAAAGGAGGAAAAACCUGCAUACCACGUUCCUCUAUCUCCAAGGAGUUUUCGCCCUCUGAGAGGAGAGGUCAAUACCUCAUUUUCAGACAGAAGACAUAACCAUUCAUUGUUACUCCAUGCGUCCAGUGAAUCAUCUCUUUCCAUGGACCUCAGUCGGACAUUCCCCUCUAUGAACGGGAGCCUUGCAGCCUCACUUCCUGACCAUGACCAGACCUCACCAGCUGACACCAGUCAGACAAGCCCCCCUCCAGGUCUUUAUCCGACAGUGAGCCCAGAGGAACACUAUCAAACAUUCCCUAUUCAAGACUCUGAUCCAACACAUUCUACUACAGCCCCCAGUGACACAUCUCCCACACAGCCCAGUCAGAUACCCGACUAUGACGUAAGAAACAUGGGCAUCCCUACUGAUGUGAGUCAAAUUUUCCCUUCCUUGGAACUUGAAGUCUGGCAGACAGCUACCUCUCUAGACCUCAGUCAACCAUCCAUCUCUCCAGACCCUGGCCAGAUGGCCCUCUCUCCAGACUUCAGCCCAGAGUCUCUCUCUCCAGACCUUGGCCAGACGGCCCUCUCUCCAGACCUCAGCCCAGAGUCUCUCUCUCCAGACCUUGGCCAGACAGCCCUCUCUCCAGACCUCAGCCAAGAGUCUCUCUCUCCAGACCUUGGCCAGACGGCCCUCUCUCCAGACCUCAGCCAAGAGUCUCUCUCUCCAGACCUUGGCCAGACGGCCCUCUCUCCAGACCUCAGCCAAGAGUCUCCCCCUCCAGACCUCGACCAGCUUGAUCUCAGGCAGACAUCACCUCCUCUAGAUCUUGAUCAGACAUCCCACACUUCUGAAUCUAGUCAGUCAUUGCCUCUUCCAGAAUUUGGUCAGACUUUCCCUUAUGAAGAUAUUGGUCAGAUGCCAUCUCCUCCACCAGACUCUACACUAAAUAACACUUUUACACCAGAAGAAUUUAAUCCACUGGUUGUAGUAGGCCUCAGUAGAGAUGAUGGAGAUUACACUGAAAUUAUUCCAAGGCAGAAAGAAGAGAGCAGUGAAGAAGACUAUGGUGAAUUUGAGUUUGUAGCCUAUAAUGACCCCUACCAAACUGAUCUUAGGACAGACAUCAACUCCUCCAGAAAUCCUGACAACAUUGCAGCAUGGUACCUCCGCAGCAACAAUGGAAACAGAAAAAAUUAUUACAUUGCAGCUGAAGAAAUAUCCUGGGAUUAUUCAAAAUUUGUGCAAAGGUUUGACAAUGAAGACAAUGAUGAUAUUCCAGAGGACACCGUAUACAAGAAAGUAGUUUUCCGAAAGUACGUUGAUAGCACUUUUACCAAACUUGAUCCUCAGGGGGAGUAUGAAGAGCAUCUUGGCAUACUUGGUCCAGUCAUUAGAGCUGAAGUGGAUGAUGUUAUCCAAGUUCGUUUUAAAAAUUUAGCAUCCAGACCAUAUUCUCUUCAUGCCCACGGGCUUUCCUAUGAAAAAUCAUCAGAAGGAAAGACUUAUGAAGAUGACUCUCCUGAAUGGUUUAAGGAAGACAAUGCUAUUCAGCCCAAUAGCACUUACACAUAUGUAUGGCAUGCCACUAUACAAUCAGGGCCAGAAGACCCUGGAUCUGCCUGUCGGGCCUGGGCCUACUACUCAGCAGUGAACCCAGAAAAAGAUAUCCACUCAGGCUUGAUAGGGCCUCUUCUGAUCUGCCGAAAAGGGACACUUCAUAAGAAGACCAACAUGCCUGUGGACAUGAGAGAAUUUGUCCUACUUUUUAUGGUCUUUGAUGAAAAGAAGAGCUGGUAUUAUGACAAGAAGCCCACAAGGUCUUGGAGACGUGCAUCCUCAGAAGUAAAAAACUCCCAUGAGUUUCAUGCCAUCAAUGGGAUGAUCUACAACUUGCCCGGCCUGAGAAUGUAUGAGCAAGAGUGGGUGAGGUUGCACCUGCUGAACUUAGGCGGCUCCCGAGACAUUCACGUGGUUCACUUUCAUGGCCAGACCUUGCUAGAAAACGGCACUCAACAGCACCAGUUAGGGGUCUGGCCCCUUCUACCUGGUUCAUUUAAAACUCUUGAAAUGAAGGCAUCAAAACCUGGCUGGUGGCUCCUAAACACAGAAGUUGGAGAAAUUCAGACAGCAGGGAUGCAGACACCAUUUCUCAUCGUAGACAGAGAAUGUAAGAUGCCAAUGGGACUAAGCACUGGCCUGAUAGCUGACUCACAGAUUCAGGCUUCCGAGUUUUGGGGUUAUUGGGACCCCACAUUAGCAAGAUUAAACAAUGGUGGAUCAUACAAUGCUUGGAUCCCAGAAAAACUUUCAACAGAAUUGAACUCUCAACCUUGGAUCCAGGUAGACAUGCAAAAGGAAGUCCUGCUCACAGGGAUCCAGACCCAGGGCGCCAAACACUACCUGAAGUCCUACUACACCACCGAGUUCUGUGUGGCUUACAGCUCAGACAAGAAAAACUGGCGGAUCUUCAAAGGGAACAGCACAAAGAAUGUGAUGUAUUUUGGUGGCAAUUCAGAUGCUUCUACAAUAAAAGAGAAUCAUAUUGACCCACCUGUUGUGGCCAGGUACAUCAGGAUCUCUCCAACUGGGUCCUAUAACAAAGCUGCCCUUCGACUGGAGCUGCAAGGUUGUGAGGUUAAUGGAUGCUCCACACCGCUCGGUAUGGAAAGUGGAAAGAUAGAAGACAAGCAAAUCACUGCUUCCUCAUUUAAAAAGUCUUGGUGGGGAAAUUACUGGCAACCCUCCCUUGCACGUCUUAAUGCCCAGGGCCGUGUAAAUGCCUGGCAAGCUAAGGCGAACAACAACAAUCAGUGGUUACAAAUCGAUCUGCUCAAGACCAAGAAGAUAACUGCGAUUGUAACACAAGGCUGCAAGUCUCUGUCCUCUGAAAUGUAUGUGAAGAGCUACACCAUCCACUACAGUGACCAGGGCACGGACUGGAAACCUUACAGGGAGAAAUCCGCAAUCGUGGACAAGAUUUUUGAAGGAAAUAAUAAUGUCAAAGGACAUGUGAAGAACUUUCUCAACCCACCAAUCAUCUCCAGGUUUAUACGCAUCAUUCCUAAAACAUGGAAUCAGAGUAUUGCACUUCGCUUGGAACUCUUUGGCUGUGAUAUUUACUAG